AUGAAAGAGUCUGAAAUUACCUUGCAAUUUGAAGAGACGCAGGUUGAUGAUCAGCCACUACCUUCGCUUGAUGAUUUAAUUGAAGAAAACAUCGUAUGGUCUGAGGAUCAUUUCUCUGAAGAACGAAUGGUCCACCACCUACCACGGCCGACGCCUAGGGAGUGGCGCAGGCCUAAAGAGCAUCGGCUGGUUGGCUUGCCGGAAAAUAUUCGCCGAGCGGGAACGGUUGCAAGUGAUUCUUGA